AUGCCAGAAAUCCAAUUAGGUGCGCAUACCAUAAGGAUCCAUGGAACUAAAGUGGCAAGGGCUCACAUGCAUGAUUGGUUUGUUUUCAUAUUUCUUGUGAUCAUGGAGAUCAUUCUGAACGUGAUAGAACCAUUCCACCGCUUUGUUGGAGCAGAAAUGAUGGAAGACCUAAAAUACCCUUUACAAUACAACGUUGUACCCAUUUGGGCUGUCCCAAUUAUUGCAAUAUUAUUGCCACUUGUGGUCAUACUCAUAUAUUACUUUAUCAAAAAGGAUGUUUAUGAUCUUCAUCAAGUUGUGCUAGGUAAACGUUAUAUUUAA